CCACUUCCUGUUUGCUCUCAGCAGUCAGAGCAGCGGCUCGUUCCUCUCUGCUGUGACCCCAAACUGCUCGGAUCGGUUCGGUUCGGAUCGGCCCAGGAUGCGGCCCUUCUAGGUGGAUCAGUGAUGCUUUGGGUGAUGAAUCAAUGGCAGAGAGCCUCCAAGCCGCGGACUCUUUGGACUCUUCAGACACGCGCACAGGUGAUGGAGGCUGAAGAGUGAAGCGCAGAGCCUGAAGGGUGAAGAUGCAGCACACCACAUGCACAGAGGACCGGAUCCAGCAUGCCCUGGACCGAUGCCUGGAUGGGCUGAGAACGAGUCCCACUGCCGCGCAUCACUGGAACGUGCUGAUGUGCUCAGCGGGUCAGUCGAUGAACCGCUGGAGCCUGGAGGAGCUGGUGAAGAGAGAUCCUGAGAACUUCCUCAUUCUCCUGCAGCAGAUCAUCAGGAAAACCAGAGAGGCCCAGGAGCAGUGUCAGUAUGAGCUGGUGCCCCCCCUCGCCAUCAUGUUCACCUCCACUCUUCUGCAGACUCCGUACUGCCCCCCCCACUCUGAGCUCCUAGAGGAAGCCCUGGAGGUGUUUUACAGCUUCCUCACUUGGCCCGAGCCGUACUGCAGUGUGUGCAGGGAGCUCCUCUCCAUGCUGCAGCUGGAGAUCAAGGCACCUGGAAUUUCCUUUCAGAGGCUGGUUAGAGAAGAGCAGGGUCUGAACACCCCCGACCAAACUUCAAAGACCAUGACUGUGCUGUUAAUGAACCCAGAUGAGGUCCCUGCUGACUUCCUCAGCGUGGCCGAACAGCUCAGCCGCAUCCAGCACUCGCAGAAAGACACCUACAUCACCCUGAUUAAACACGCCUUCCAGUCCACGCUGGGAACCCAGUAUCCCCUGCAGAGCAUCCACAAGGCCCUGGAGCCAAAGACCGUUCAUGAGCUGAAGGAGAUUUUUUCCUCGCUGAGCGACAUCUUGGAGAUGGCCGCCAUUAUGAUCGACCCAGAACAAGCUCGCUGUCAUGUGGUCCAGGAACUGGAGAGUUUGAGGAAGGCGCUGAAGAUCCCUUCUUCUAAUGGGAGAAGGUCUGAUGGAAUCCUUCAGACGCUACCUUUGCCGACAGCCAAAACCUACACGUUCCACUGGGAGAAGGAUAACUUUGAUGUUCUGCACACGCUUCUGGAGCGUGAUGUGGACGAGUUUGGCACCAGCGAGCAGCAGGAGGCGGUGGAGGAGGAGAAGGAGGCCGGAUUUUAUUCCCAGCAGGAUUUGACAGAAUACGACGAGGAGAGCGGAGCGGUGGAUUCGGCACUAAUUGUGGCCAACAGCUGCAACAGCAGCCACCGUGUCUCCACCUUUUCCACCAUCUCCUCCCUGUCCACCACCUCCAAAGACUCCAUGUACUCCACCUUGUCUGUGGCGUCCGAGUCCUACCCCCCCUCCAUCUAUUCCGGGGUGGACAGCGACUACUUCGAAGACUCCGACGACUACAUCAGCUCCUCUCCUGUGGCGGAGAAAUGCUCCCCCAAGUCCAGUAAGGUUUCCACCCGCCUCAGCCAGCACUUCCACCGGCUCUUUAUCAAACCCAAGAACCCCAGGAUGCUGUCCAGGGCGAAGAGCCUGGGAAACUCUGAAUCCAAAGACAUCCUGGUGGUGCGGGAGACGCGCUCCAACUCUCUGCCGCAGCAGGUCCGGCUGUUUAGCUCCGACUCUCUGCCCAGGCCUCAGAUCCAGGCUCUACGACACGUCUGCUUCCGGAGGAGGCCCAUUCUGAGCAGCGAUGAGGACAAUAAGAACACCACGCUAAGAGUGGUGGUGUUUGGUGCCGAUCACGUCGCCGGGAAGGUGGCCCGAGCCUACAGCAGCCUGAGGAAGAACGAGAGCGCGUGUCCGCGACUCACCAGAGCCUUUAACCUGCAGUUCUACUUUGUGCCGGUCAAGAGGGAUCCGGGAUCAGGACAUCGAAGGUCCUCCACCCCUUUGGUCCAAACCGGAUCUCCAAAAGGAUCCGGCCUGCUCCUGGAGCAGGACCGCUCAGGUGACAGCACUAACGACAUCGCACAUCUCCUGGGCAUGUUGGACCCCUGGUACGAAAGAAACACCCUCAGCCUCCUGAAGCUGCCCACCAACGUUGUCUGCCAGCAAACCUCAAAAACCGAGUCGGCGUCCUACGAUAGCUCGUAUGAGCAGCGCCUGCCCAUCCUGGCCGACCUGGUGCUGUACUACUGCCGCUACGCAGCGCGUCCGGCUCUGAUCCAGCUCUACCAGGCCGAGCUGAUGCUGGCGUGUGGAGAGAGGAGGACGGAGGUGUUCGUUCACUCCUUGGAACUGGGUCACACGGCGGGAACGCGAGCCAUCAAGGCCAUGGGUGCCGCCAGUAAACGGUUCGGAAUUGACGGCGACCGAGAGGCCGUGCCCCUCACCCUGGACGUGGUCUACAACAGGGUGGUGGUCAGUGGAAGAAGUCAGUGGAGAAGAGAAACCAAGGUCUGCACUUCCGUAAACUUGAUCAAAGCGUGCAAGAACCCAGAGGAACUCGAUUCAAAGAUGGAGUGUCUGCAGCUCACCAUGACCGAGGUGCUGAAGAGACAGAACGGCAAAAGCAAGAAGGGCUACAACCAGCAGCUCAGCGUGACAGAAGUGAAGGUCGACAAGGUGCAGGUCAGCGGAGUUGGAAACACAACGUUUGCCGUUUGUUUGGACCAGGAUGAGAAAAAAAUACUCCAAAGCGUCACCAGGUGUGAAAUAUCCGUGUGCUACAAACCUGACAGCUCCACCGACUGGAGGCUGAGAAAAUCCCAGGCCUCGGCUCAGAUCCAGCCUCUCAACCCCACCUUCUGCUCCCUGCUCUGCCUGCCCAUUGUGACCUUCAGCGGGGCUUUACCCUGAAAGCUCCCCCUUCUGCAUCCAUCAGAAUAAGAGAAUCCUCUCUUAUUCGUCGUAAACUUUGCACACGGCUCAGAAGGAAAAACAUGCAGGGAACUCUCGAUCCAACAUGUCCGACCUCGCACCCCAGGCUCAGCCGUCCUUGAAUCAGAUCAGAAUAUCUCGCCUUAUCUGUGCAAUGCAGUCCUUCUGUUAUGAAGAGAACUUUUCAAGUUUCACAGUCAAGGUUUCACUUCCUUAUUUGUUGUUUUUCGACAGAACUGACUUUAACCGCGGUGACGUAGCAGUGUAUGAUGGUUGAUCAGGGUAAAUAUUCUUUCUCAGGUGAAACCAGCAUUACCUUCACCUGUUUGGUGAAAUAAGUCCAACACACUGGAACUGUUUUUAUCUUGAUCAGCCUACUUGACAAUCGAUUCUUAACUAUAUGCAGAUUGUUUGACAGAAUCUGAGAAAGCACACUAUAGAUGUACAUUUUAUGCUCUUAAGAUAUUAUUUCAUGUACUAUAACUUUUACUAGAUGCUGUCAUGUGUUUGUUUUUUAAUGUAAUCUGAUAAUAUUUCUCCCAAGGAGUUACUAUUGUCACAGUUUUAACUGCAGCUAUAAAUAUGACCACCAGGGGUCACUAUUGACUUUCCAUUAAACUUCCACUCUAUGUUUAAAAUCAUUUGAACUUGAAAUUCUGACAGUACUGUAAUAAAUCAUGGAAAAUAAAAAUCUCAGUCCGACUCCAUAAACGAUAAAGUCAACGGAUGGAUAUUAUGAUGAUUUCAAAUGGACAUUUAAUGCAACUGAUUAACUGCACUUUCUAAAAAUGUAUCACAGCGGGUAACAAUAAAAUAUAUUUUUUAA